GCAGCAGGUGGCAGCAGAGGGUCUGUGAGGACAUUAUGCGCGCUGUUUGCUGUAAAUGUAUAGAUGUUUGUGUUGUAUAAACCACAGAUAAACAGUCUGAACUGUACCUCAGCAUGGUGACUAGCAGCACGUAUGACUGAUGCUGAUUGCCAUGAAGAGUGAGAAGCGCUAUGGUAAACUGAUUCACCUAUAGGAUCACGGAGCGUCACUGGUGUGUUGUGAGUCUUGCAUUGGAGCGUCUUUUAUGAGAUUUUGUAAUGGGGAUGUGGCCCUGCCCUGCAGGUAACGGAUACAUCAUAUAAUACGCGCCCCCAGCUGCCAUCGACACGCGUGGGUUUCUUUCAGAUGUUUGCACCGUGUGGCAUCAAAACAGCACCUGCAAUUUGCUGGCUGCCGGACUUCUCUCACUUUCUCGUGCUGUAAAUAAUGGAUUGGACAAGGACAGUUUAGCGUUUAGUUUGACAUGUGUCAAGCUGAUGCGUUUAUCUGCUGGUGGACCUUUGGGCACUUAACUGACUGUGGAGCAUUUCAUCGACCUGUGGGAACCCUUGGAGAUAAUAGAUGCAUCUGCCUGGAAGUAACGGCGGGAAGGUGAUAUCACAUGUUUUCUUAGUUCGUCUCAGGACUGUUGAACAUUAGGCAUGUCGGUAAACUGCAGCUGGACUGACUAUGGAGGCACAUGCUUGAUUUUCUUUACCUACUGAACAACAACAACACGGCGUCCUUCUGAUUUAUUGUCUGUUGGGUGUUUACUACCAGCCUUCCGCCUGCUCCUCGUUGGCUGAUCCGCUGGAAUAGCGCUAAACUGACCCAUAUUUCCCAAAAUGAAUUUCGACCAGAUCCUCUCUGCCAUCGGGGGCUUCGGCAAAUAUCAGAAAAUUUUGUACGUAUGGAUUUGUUUACCCCAGAUCCUCCUCGCCUUCCACAUGAUGGUGAGCAUCUUCACCGGAGCCACACCGCCCCAUCAGUGCAGGGAGAGCUCGGUGGCCGGGAAUCAGUCCUCCUUCCCCUUUACUCUCAGCCUGAACUUCAGCCUCUCGGGUCUCUCCUGCUUCUCUUCCGAAGUCCUGCUGCACGACAACCGGACUGAGCGCGUCCCGUGUGGCCACGGAUGGGUCUACAGCAAGGACACUUUCCAGAGUACGACAGUCACAGAGUGGGACCUGGUGUGCGACAAAGCGGGACUGAACAGUCUUGGUUCGUCUAUCUACAUGUUUGGCCUCUUGGUGGGAUCUGUGGUGUUUGGAUCCAUGGCUGACAGGUAUGGCAGACGUUUCGUCCUGCUGCUGUCCAUCGCUCUUCAGACCGUGUUUGGAGUCGCUGUGGCCUUUGCACCCAACUUCCCGGUCUAUGUGAUUCUUCGCUUUGUAGUUGGCACCACGAUAUCUGGAGUAAUCAUCAAUGCCUUUGUACUCGGCACAGAGUGGACGUGCACCAAGAGGCGCAUGCUAGCCGGUAUCAUCACAGACUAUGCAUUUGGUCUGGGCUACACGCUGCUAGCAGGCAUAGCGUACUUGAUACGAGAUUGGAGAAAGCUGCAGCUGGCUAUAUCAGCCCCGGGCUUCCUGCUCAUCUUCUAUAUAUGGGUGCUUCCUCAAUCCGCCAGAUGGCUGUUGGCCAAAGACAGGAAGGAGGAAGCCAUUGCACUCCUCCGGAAGGCGGCACUUGUUAAUGGCCGGGUCUUACCUCCCACUCUACAGGUUGAGAAGAUUUUAGGUGGAGGGAGCCAAAAUCACUCAGCAGUGGAUCUCGUACGAACACCUCAGAUGAGGAAGAGGGCUAUCAUCUUGUUCUACAUCUGGUUUGUGAACGUGCUGGUGUAUUAUGGCCUCUCACUGGGCGUGUCCAGGUUGGGGACAAACCUCUACUUGACCCAGUUUGUGUUCGGGUUGAUUGAGAUCCCGGCUCGUUCUCUCGUCCUGCUCGUCCUGCCGUGCAGUCGUCGACUUUCCCAAAGCGGAUUUCUGGCUACUGGAGGGCUUGCCUGUCUGCUCAUGCUCGCUGUCCCUGAAGAUCAUUCGAAUGUCCUGGCUGGUCUUGCCAUGGUAGGGAAGUUUGGUAUCACAGCUUCCUUUGCUGUAAUCUAUGUGUACACAGCUGAGAUAUUCCCCACUGUGCUUCGGCAAACAGGAAUAGGUGUAUCCUGUAUGUUUGCAAGGGUGGGUGGUGUGUUAGCACCCGUUAUAAACAUGCUACACAACCACAGUCCCACUACACCCCUGGUCAUCUUCGGUACCUCCCCGCUGCUGGGUGCUGUCCUGGCCCUGGCACUGCCUGAAACUGCCAACAGACCUCUUCCCGACACAGUGGAAGAUGCAGAGAGCUGGGACUUGAGAUCGCCUCCCAGCAAGGAGAAUCCUGAGAUAUCAGAGGAUAUUAGCCAGUCAGCCAACAGCACAGAGGGACAGGAGCUCCAACAUCUAGCAGGCCAGGCCUAAGUGUGUGUAAAAGGAUGCAUACAUUCCAUUAUUCACUUAUUAUACAACCUCAACUCUGUUACCGGAUACAGCAAAGAACAUCCCCUAUGCAAUUAUUGUCAGGAUUUCAUUAAGAGCUCUAUGCAAGAAAGCCAAACACAUUUCAUCCAUAAAAAUAACACACACACACAAAGCAGGCAUUCAUAAAUGAAGAAAUGCUGCCAAGAAAAAUCAACAGCCAACUGUUUUGUCAACCUGUAGGUCUUCUUGUGCACUUCUUGUCUUGUGUGUUUCACAGAUGUUUACCCCUUUGUAAUUUUUUUUUUUUUGUUGGUUUCAUUCAAUAUAUUUUGCGAUGAGAUGGAAUAAAUAGUUGCCCAAAAGACUGAUAUGCAAAUCACAUAUUUCUAUGUAUUUAUAAAUCUACAGGCAUCAGUGCAGAGCUCAGAUUUCUAAACUGCGCUGAUUGGAAGAAUCAGAGUGCACAGCUUUGUGAGCACUUCAUAUUUUUAAGGAUGGAAGGAUUUAUCACACUUGGUGCAUUUGGUAAAACCACAAUAUUUUUGUAUAAGUGUGUGCCCUUUCGAUGGGUCGUUUGUGGAAUAUCUUUGUUGUACCUUUAUGCUGUAUUGAACAAACAACUGCCUCAUUUUCUUUCCUCAUUCUCAAACCAGAAUUAAAACUAGUCAGGUGAGUUUGCAUGCACUAGUUAACUUAAUUAUGCCUAACGUAGCCUUUUAGACUAAUGUAGUUCAUUUGUAGUUUUGUAUGGAAAUUGUGGGAUGUGACUGUGAUCAGCAUGUGUUCACAGUCUUUAUCUUAUGUUGAAUUUUACUCUGAUGUAAAAUGACUCACUAACAUGACUUGCAUCUGUGAAAUAUCUAUUACUUUUUAUAGGUGUAUAAGGGCUGCUGUAUGAAUUGUGUACUGUCUAUAUGAAUCAGUGCUACUUAAUAAAGGGCAUGGAUCAGGUCAUAUGCUAUGGUACUCAGGCAAAAAGAAUCAGAUUCUUCAAAAUCUGUUAUCACAAAGAAAUGUGAGGCCAGUAUGUCUUGAAUGUGUAAAAUGUAUACAUGGAAGGGAUAACCUGUUACUCUACUGCAUGGUUUAGGAAAGCAUGUCCUACUGCUGCCUACAGUUAUGUGUGUUAUAUCAAACAGAAACCAAAUAAUGGGAAAAAAAUUCCACACUUUUUGAUUGCAUUGAUUCCAGUCCAGUGGCAUCUGAUUGCAACAAAUCAUAAAGAAAGGAAGAAAAUGUACAAUUAAAAUGAAGGCACUGCGGCUACAAGCAAUAAACCUGUGAAAAUCUUGUUUUAAAAAAAAAAAAAAAAAGCAAUCUUUUUUUUCUGUGUGCAAGUUUUACAGCAUAUCACUUCACUCUGACACCAUUCGAUUACAACAUUCAA